UUUCCACUGAAAUUCAAGACAGCAAAAAACCACCGCAAAAAACCAGAUGCAUGAAACGCAGAGAGAGAAGCGAAAGUGAAACCCUCCCUUUCUUUCGCCUUGACAGAGACACGCAGGUUUCUGGCUGUACACUUUCCCCACGGUCACCGGCCCUGGACUCUGCUCUUUGCAGGCACCACCGCUGAAGGAUUCGUGUAUAGAUAUACAGAAGCUAUUCCAUACUCUUACACGACAAGAAGAAGAAGAAUUGACUGAUUUUUUUACUUCCUAUCCAAUGGCAGAGAAACAAAAAUCCGCUACAAUGACAACUACUCCACGCCCCACCAUAUUGCUGCCGCCAAGGCCUUCUAUGGAUACUUUUUUCACUGGCGGUCUCAGCCCUGGUCCCAUGACUCUUGUCUCUUCUUUCUUCUCUGACAAUUAUCCUGACUCCGAUUGCCGCUCCUUCUCUCAGCUACUUGCUGGCGCCAUGGCUUCUCCAAUCGCCAGACCGGCCUUUUUCACUGAUACUUCUGUACCCAAUGGUAAUACUUCUUCUGUGAAGCAGGAUGGAGCAGAGAAUAAUACUUAUUUGGGGUUUAAGCAGAGUAGGCCUAUGAAUUUGUUGGUGGCCCCUUCUCCAUUAUUUACUGUCCCUCCUGGGUUGAGCCCUUCUGGUUUGCUCAACUCGCCUGCCUUCUUUUCUCCUCCUCAGAGUCCUUUUGGAAUGUCCCACCAGCAAGCCUUGGCGCAGGUUACAGCUCAAGCUGCACUAGCUGCUCAAUCUCACAUGCACAUGCAAGCUCAAUAUCAACCUGCUCCGGUAACAGAUUCCACAGAGUUAUUGACACACCAUCAAUCCUUCACUACUGGUGAAGCUUCACAGCAGCAGAUGCUGCCCUCGACCUCAGAGCUUCCAAGUUCCAUGGUGGAGUCAUCGGAUCUCUCUCAUUCCGAUAGGAAACAGCAGCAGCCUCUCGCUGUUGAUAAACCAAGUGAUGAUGGCUACAACUGGCGCAAAUAUGGGCAGAAGCCAAUUAAGGGUAGCGAAUAUCCGCGAAGCUAUUAUAAGUGUACACAUCUGAAUUGUCCUGUCAAAAAGAAAGUUGAGCGUUCCAGUGAUGGCCAGAUAACUGAGAUAAUCUAUAAAGGCCUGCACAAUCAUGAGCAGCCUCCAUCAAAUAAGCGUGCAAAAGAUAAUAACGACCUAAAUGGAGGUACAAAUUCUCAGGCUAAGCCUGAACUAAGUUCCCAAGUUCCAUCUGGUGAUAUGAACAAGAGGGAAACGAUACCCUCUCAUUCAGUGCAUGGGAGGGAGCAGGAAUCUAAUCAAGCAGAUCCCAUAGAACUACCUGGAUCAAGUGACAGUGAGGAAGCUGGUGAUGGAACAACGAGAGCAGAUGGACGGGAUGAUGAUGAUGAGCCAAACCCAAAAAGAAGGCACACAGAUGUUGGGACAUCUGAGGCUGCACUACCGCACAAGACAGUCACAGAACCGAAAAUCAUUGUUCAAACAAGAAGUGAAGUUGAUCUUUUGGAUGAUGGCUACAGGUGGCGCAAGUAUGGUCAGAAGGUAGUGAAAGGAAAUCCUCAUCCAAGGAGCUAUUACAAAUGCACUAGUGCAGGAUGCAAUGUUCGUAAGCAUGUUGAGCGAGCCGCAGCUGAUCCCAAAGCUGUCAUAACUACAUAUGAGGGAAAACAUAAUCAUGAUGUUCCUGCGGCUAGAAACAGCAGCCAUAACUCAGCCAACAACAGUGCUCCACAGUUGAAACCUCAGAAGGUGGUAACUGAGAAGCAUCCUUUGCUUGAAGGGAUGGACUUUGGAAACAGUGACCAAAGGCCAGUACUUCUACGACUGAAAGAAGAGGAAAUCACUGUGUAAAUGCACUCUCUGCUGUAGCUGCUAGAGAGAUCAUUCUUGCCUGCUAACAUGUUACAAUGAAGAAACUUGGAGAACAAAGGAAUAUUAUUUAGAAGUAUAAGAAUUUAGCAGUGAUUUUCUUAACCUUAAUGUUUUACCUUUUUGGAUAAAAUGUGGUGGUGGUAUUAGUUGUUGUACGUGUUUAACCAUCUGUCAGAGAAUGUUGUAUUCACUACAAGUAUACAAUUAAAUUUCAGAAAGUGAUAACAAUAACGAAAGUUCGAAUAUAAUUCAAGUUCUGUUCAUGUUCUGCUAA